AUGAAAAAAUAUCUUUUUAGUAUUUUUUUAUUAGGUCUCAUCACACUCCCUGAUAAAAUUAGUGGAAUUAAAACAAGUCGAGGCAAAUUUUUUGAUGGUUUUCAAUUAUUUUCAAGUCUAAAACCCAAUAUUCAACUUAGGUUUCUACAAGAAGAUAAUGAUGUAAUUAAUAAUGAAAAUAUAUUAUCUUAUUUCCCCAAUCCACUAAAUAACCCAGAAAAAUGGUAA